UCACUCGCUCACCGCGUACACAAAAAAAUCUCGGGAAUGGCGCUCUCCUUCAUCUCCGGCUCUUCCAUCGUCUUCUCCGACACCCCCAAAGCACUCCUUCCCUACUCCCACCUCUCCGCCAAUACCCGAUCCAUCCCCUUCCGGGUCAACCCGAAUAAGCCCCUUGCAUUCGCAACAACAAUCACACAACGCAGAGUAACCCGAUUUCCCUCUCUCCUUUUCCAGUCAUCACUCUCCAACUUCACACCAGACCCGGAAGACGACCCCUACCAGACCUCAAACAGAAACUCUGACCCAAAUCCGAGCUCCCCUUCUCCCGCGAGAGUCUCUGACGAUGAGUGGGGUGAAAAGUCCGUUAGUAUAAGGGAUGAGUGGGGCGAGAAGACCGAGCCCGAGAUCGAGACCACGAGGUUAUCGGAUUCGGAUCCUCCUAGGAAUGAGGACGAGUGGCAGGAAGAGUACGUUUCAGCGCCUAACGGAACCCCUGCGUCUGGGAAGAGCGUGAUUGUGGAGGAAGAGGACAGACUCGGGGACUUGAAGAGGGGUUUGGCGGAUACGGUUUAUGGGACGGAUAUUGGGUUCCGGGCCAGCCCAGAGGUGCGGGGGGAGGUUCUAGAGCUGGUUAAUCAGUUGGAGGCGUUGAACCCCACUCCAGCACCGGUGGAUGCCAGUGACAUUCUUGAUGGCAACUGGGUUUUGUUGUAUACUGCAUUUUCUGAGCUGUUGCCUCUUCUGGCAGUUGGUGUUACUCCACUUUUGAAAGUGAAAAGUAUUUGCCAAACUAUUGACACUAGAAAUCUCUCCAUCGUGAACUCCACAACAUUGUCCAGUCCUUUUGCCACUUUCUCUUUCAGUGCAUCGGCAACGUUUGAAGUUCGAAGUCCUUCAAGAAUCCAGGUUGAAUUUAAGGAAGGCAUCCUGCAACCUCCAGAGAUAAAAUCAAGCGUCGAUCUUCCAGGAAAUUUGGAUAUAUUUGGGCAGACCAUAAAUCUGUCGCCUGUUCAGCAGUCUCUUGGUCCUCUGCAGGAGGCAGUAGCAAGUAUUUCAAGAGCCAUUUCUGGGCAGCCGCCUCUUAAGGUUCCCAUACCAGGGAAUAGGUCCAGGUCCUGGCUUCUUAUUACGUACCUCGACAAGGAUCUUCGUAUCUCAAGAGGGGAUGGUGGUCUUUUUGUGCUAGCUAAAGAAGGAAGUCCUCUUUUAGAUCAGUAGAGGCAGGUAAGUUCUGCAAUAUGUUAAGUAUGAAUGGAAUGUAUAUUCUCCUUCACGUUUAAUGUCAAAAAUAGUAAAGGAAGAAUGUUUAUUGUAAAUGGUGAAGAUACCUUUAUUAGGAGAUUUGAGCAUGAAAAAAUUGAGCUUUUGAAGUUCCUUUA